CUGCUCAUGACUGCAUUAGUGGGAAUGGAUGUUUAUGACUGAUCCCUUGGUGGUUGCAAAACCCAUCAUGCUUCAUCAAAACAUAACACUCGCUGUGGUGCAAGUGAAAACAGGUUCCACAGAUGAAAUGCUUUGCUAAGUUCCCUCAGAAAAUAUAAAGCAGACUCAGGAGAUGAACCCAAGUCAUCUGACAUCCCACCUUAGCCAAACUGCCUACUUGCAUUAUGGCAAACUUGGCAAGAAAUAAGGGUAAUGAAGCUGCCCAGCUGCCUGGAAGAAUGUCUCUGCUGCUAUACAGCAGGAGAUGAUCCCCCCAAAGGAGAUUUCCCUCUUCAGAAAAAAUCUCCGAAACUCUGUGGCUCCAACUACCCCCUGAGCAUUGCCUUCAUUGUGGUGAACGAGUUCUGCGAGCGCUUCUCCUACUAUGGCAUGCGAGCUGUUCUGACACUCUAUUUCUUAAGCUUCUUCCACUGGGAUGAGAAUCUCUCCACUGCUGUGUACCAUGCCUUUUCCGCGUUGUGUUAUUUCACACCUGUCAUCGGAGCCAUCAUGGCAGACUCGUGGCUGGGCAAAUACAAGACGAUCAUCUACCUCUCCAUUGUGUAUGUUGUUGGCCAUCUGAUAAAGUCAGUCGGUGCCAUUCCAUCCCUGGGCAACCAGGCAGUUCAUGUGGUCCUGUCUAUGGUUGGUCUGUUUUUGAUCGCCCUUGGAACGGGAGGUAUCAAGCCCUGUGUCUCUGCAUUUGGUGGGGACCAGUUUGAAGAGGAACAUACCUCAGAGAGAAGCAAGUUUUUUUCCAUCUUCUAUUUAUCCAUUAAUGCUGGAAGUUUGAUCUCCACGUUUGUAACUCCUGUAUUAAGAGGGGAUGUGAAAUGUUUCGGAGAGGAUUGUUAUGCACUGGCUUUUGGUGUCCCAGCAGCACUGAUGGUGUUGGCACUUGUUGUGUUCAUUGCUGGAAGUGGACUGUACAGAAAAACACCACCACAAGGAAAUGUCUUGCUGGAAGUGUGCAAAUGCAUCGGUUUUGCUAUUAAAAACCGGCUGAAAAACCGCUCCCCUGAGAUUCCAAAGAGAGAUCACUGGCUGGACUGGGCUUCAGAAAAAUACUCAAAACAGCUGAUCGGGGAGGUUAAAAUGGUGACUCGUGUUCUCUUCCUCUUCAUACCACUGCCAAUGUUCUGGGCCCUGUUUGAUCAGCAGGGAUCCAGGUGGACUUUGCAAGCCACAAAAAUGAAUGCUGAUUUUGGAAUAUAUGUCCUUCAGCCUGACCAAAUGCAGUUCCUAAAUCCACUUCUUAUUCUUGUCUUCAUCCCAAUUUUUGACCUUGGGCUCUACCCCCUGAUAAACAUGUGCAAAUUGAAUUUCACACCUAUUAGGAAAAUGGCAACAGGUAUGAUCCUUGCAGGGCUGGCGUUUGGACUUGCAGCGGUUAUAGAAGUUAAAAUAAAUGAAACCGAUAUGCCUCGACUUGUCCCAAAAGAAAGUUUAAUUCGGGUCCUGAAUUUGGCAAAGAACCCUGUUCAAGUGACAAUCCAAGACAAGGACCUAUUUCAGCAGCCUGUGGAGUCUUUUCAGAGCCCAGCUGAGUACUCAAAAUUAAUAUUGAAUGGAGAGCAACAGAGCCUUCACUUCACCCUGCAACAUCAAGGAUUGACUCUUGCUUUUAACUACACCGUGAAGGAAAAAUCAGUAUACAGCUUAAUUGUUUUUGAGGCAGAAGGAAGCCUAUCAAGCCGCUUAAUUACAGACUUGGAAGCAAAGCCGGAAAAUGGUUUGGCAGCUGUUAGAUUCAUUAAUGGUUUGAGCCAAGAUGUCAACCUCACCAUCGAUAGCAAAAGGUUUAUUGCUCUUCAGAAAAACUACAGUGCUUCUGAGUACUCACUGCUGGAGAGGGACAUAUAUAAUAAUGGAAAAUGCAUAACUGAAACAGGAGAGUUCCCCCUGGAGCUGGGGCUGCUUGACUUUGGUGCCUCAUACACCAUUGUGAUAACUAAUAUUUCUGGGGGUGUUGUUGAGAUGUGGAAGUCAGAAGACAUCAAAGCCAACAAUGUCCAUAUGGCCUGGCAGUUACCACAAUAUUUACUGAUAUCUGCUGGGGAGGUGAUGUUCUCCAUUACAGGUCUGGCCUUCUCCUAUUCUCAGUCUCCAGCCAGCAUGAAGUCGGUGCUGCAGGCAGGCUGGCUGCUCACCGUGGCUGUGGGGAAUACCUUUGUGCUCAUUGUUGCCGAGGCUGCACCAAUGGCACAGUGGGCUGAAUUUGUGUUGUUCACUGUUCUCCUCUUUGCUGUGUGCAUUAUUUUCUCCAUCAUGGGAUAUUUCUAUGUCAGUGUGGAUCCAGAGGACCUAGAAGAAAAGGAAGAGAAGAGAGAGACCUCAAGCAGAGGAAACAUGAUUGGUCUUGUUACUCAGAAAACAAAGCUCUAACACAUCAUGGGUUGGGUUUUUUUUUUUUUUAAACUCAGUUAUGAGAAGGUGAAAGAAGGGUGGGGACUGUUAUUUUAUUUUAGAGCACUGCAGUCUUUGUUACUCAAAAUGUAACCACCUUACAAAUGGGACCAAAUGGCCCUCUAUAAAAACAGUGGGGGUCCUGAAAUCAGAACAAAACUCCCUGGGAAAGCUCCUCAGGUAUUAAAAGCCCUUAUUAGUAAUUACAGUGUAAUUUAAAACCUGCCCAUCUUUUUAAGCAUGGAAUGCUUUCCUAUGAUUUUGCCUUAAACAUAUAUUUAAGGCAGCAGGGAGGAAGGGUGGAAGGAGUGCCAUAUGACACAAAAAUUUGGAAAUGUUACGAGAGAAGAAAAAAGAAAAACUAGUAUAGGAAUUAGGGAAGAAUAGAUGUUAGAGACAGAAGGAUUUUUAAUGCUAUCAUCAAGGACUGUAAGGGUUACACAUAGUCCCAAAGGAUUUCAUCAUGUAACUCUCCUUAUGAGUAUUUCAUCCCAUUAUUGCAUGUUAUGAAUGGUUCUGAUUUAUGAUUUUCACCUUCAGGCUCAGAAGUAAUAACAGGGAAUUAAAUUCUGCAGGCUAAAAUAUUCCCAAAACACUGCUGACGAAGACAAGCAUGCUACCACCUCUCCCAUUUUUCCCCUAGAAGUUUUUAGCAACUGAUGGUGUUCUUUGAUUAGACAUGAUUAGAGAAUUGCUUUAUGCUUUCUUAUUUCAGAAUUCCAGACAGUUAUUUGCCAUCUUCCUAUACAUUAAGCCUUUAUUGGGCAUUUCCUUUUACAGCACCUGUCACUGCAAGUUAGGAUAUAGCUGAUUUCUUAUCUCAUGCCUCAGUUAUUCCCCACUGGGAGACAAGUUGCAGUAGUUUCUAUAAAAUUCCAGGCAUCCUGCAGUGAGUUAUUUACAAGGAUGCACUUUAUCAUUUUUUCAGUCUACAAGAGGAGACCAUGGCAUAUGAGAUUUUUCUUUUUCUCCUUGUUUUUCUGUCUCUACCAGACUUUGGAUAUAGCAAUUUUAUUGGAAUUGUGAUAUAACUGUCUGAUUUUCCUCAAUUGCGUGAAGCUGUGAUUUCAUGUUCUGCAUAGGAGUAAUCCAACCACUGCUGAUCUAGUAAAACUCCUGAGAGAGUCCCUGCCUUCCUCUGUCACUUCAAGGCCACAAUUGUAACAGGUACGGCCUAAUUCAAAACAAAGUUGUCAAUAGGAUCUUCAGGUUCACAGAGAAUCGGUUUUAAAUUAUGCUUUCCUCUUCCAUCUUGGCAUUGGCCACAGGUGGUUGCUGAUGCUGGGAUUCCAGAGAUCACAAAAUACAUGUUUAAUUUAAUUUCUGUUCAGGACAGUGCUAGGAAAUACACUUAGUUUGACACCACCUCAGCUCCUUUGAUGUGCUGCCAGUGUGUGUGUGUAUCUUCUUGAGUAACACUAACAAAACACAGUUUUUUGGUUUUAACUCACAGCCUAAGGUUGCUCCCUCUGCUUCCUGUCCUAAGUGGACAUGGACUUUCACCACCAGUUCUGCAAAAGCUCCUGCCUGCUGUGAAGUAGCAUCUGGGGUUGUGCCAGAGGGGGACCAUGGUCUCAUCAGAUAAAUGAGAAGAGGCUGCAGAUGUGCACGCAGGAACACUUGGGGUGGUUCAGUCCAUGCAGAGACAUUUAUUAAGCUGUGGUGGCUGGAUCCAGGCAGCUGAACCCUGCAACUCCAUGGAGAAUGAAGGGCAUUGAAAGCCACCAAUUAGGUCAUCCAGCCUGCUUCUCAGAAGCCAAGUGAGGAUUAUUCCCCUCUGUUCUUUCUGGUAUUGUUCUCCUGCUGUGAUUCUUUGUGUGGGCUCUUUCUCCUCCAAGCAUUGUUGUUUUCCUAAUCCCAUUUUAUGACACACUGUGAAUCGGCUCAGAGGCUGCUGAAUCACUCUGCUGUGAUGCUGUUUGACCAGCUUCCAAUUUGAAGCACUAAUAGAAAGCAUUUCUUCCUCCACCCACUGCAAACAAAACAAAAAUCCCCAAACUGAAGGAAUGGCCAGGCUCCAGUAACACUGAACAAACACAAUUUAGAAUUAUUGGAGCAUUUAAUUUUUUAUAAGCCUUGAAUUUAAAAGUAUGUUGGGGUUCGAGGGCAUAUGUGGUGUAAAGACAAAUUAAAAUUAUUGAAGCACUGUUCUUGGGAAGCAUUGGUAAGCAGUUCAGAGUUGCAUGAGGGAAAGCAAGGUAUCCAGAUCUCUAAGAAUAUAUAUGCUUGAGAACAUCCUGAUUUUUUUUUUGUUGUUGUUUUAUUUCCUUAUUGGCGACACUACCAGAAGCUGUCACAGACUCUGAGCUUAAUUUAAAGGAAUCAUUCCAAACUCAUAAAAGAUACAUUUAGGAUGUCAUCUGUAUCUGCUUUUUAGACUCUUGAUGCCAAAUUGCCCCUUUCCAAACAUCUCCAUGUUCCAAACCGUCACCAUAAUGCUGGGGAAGGAAGAAUUGCAAUUCACAGUUGGGAAGACUAUGAACAGGAAGGCAGUGCUAUAAAUAAAGUGCUAACAUGAGGCUGGGGGCUGCUCCUGCAGCCCCUCCCAGGAAUUGCUUGGGGGACUGUAAGGCUCUGUUCACAUUUCUCUCAAGGAUGAAACAGUUACUUCUUCCCACCUGCUCAUCAUCACCUAUUGGAAGCUUUUUCCUUCUCUGAUCUCCCUGUUUGGUGGCUGGUAUGAUCCUUCCCCGCUGCUUCAGCUGCUGUUGUAGCUUUACUAAAUUGGACCCAUUUAUUUGGAAUGCACCAGCAGUUUGGAGGGAUUUCCACUGGGAUGCUCACAACCAGCCAGGAACGGGCUGGGGGCUCUAACAAUGAGCUGCCCCUUCUGUAGCUGGAGCAGGUGGGAAAAUAGCCCAUUCAGCAUAGCACUUCUCCAGUUUUAGAGCCACAACUCCAUUCUUGGAGGCCUUGCAUCACUUUCAAAUGGACUCAAGACUGGAUCGAAGGUUUGGGACUUGAUUCCAUGGAAUAAUGAUGUCUCUGGGUUUUUCCUCCAUAUCAUCACCUCAGAGAUGGGGCCGUGCUCAGCUCUUCAUACCCAAUUAUAGAAAAAUAUUCUUUAUUUCUCACAAUUCUUUGCUUUAGGAUCACAGGGAGGAUCCAAAGUAAUGAUAGCAUAUGUAAAGCUGAAUGAACCUCUAUAGAGAAAUAGCAACCUGCUGCCUGUCCAGCUUCACCUGCCACUGAAGACUCUGAGCUGUUGGUGAAGCUUUCCCUGGCACAGAUUAGGGAAAGCUCACUCCAACUGACCUACAGGAAUUAUCCUCUCCAGCUGAGGGACAGGGAAGAGGUGGUGGGAAGCUGUAGAUGUGUUGCUGCACAAACCUUCAUGGAGAUUGCAGGGGUUUGGCUUUGCUCUGCAAGUAUGUGUCUUUAUAUGUUUCUCUGAAAGGUGCUUUCUGAGGAAGAUUUUUGUGCAGAAAAUUCAUUUGCACUGGCUGUUGCCAAUUUUCCCCUUAGCAGGUUGUAAGUGUGACCAGUGUUAUUUCCAGUUUUGCAUGAGAUAAGCAUAAAAAUGAGAUUUCAAA